CUUCCUCCUAAUAUCCAACCUCAACCUCCCCGUCUCACUUUAAAACCAUUCCCCUUUUCCUAUCACCAUCCACCCUUAGAAGCAGUUGUAGCCCAUCCUGUUUAUAUGCUCCUUUCAAAUAUUGGAAGGCCACAAUGAGGUCUCCCUGCUGCCUCCUCUUCUCCAAACUAAACAAGCCUCAACCUUUCCUCAUAAUUCAGAGGGCUGAAUUUCUAUCUCCUGGCUGCUUAGCGCUAAAGUUUUGGUGGGACCAUUAAUAGGAGGAACAGGAAUGUUACAGGACAUCUGUGCAAUGCCUAGAUUGUUGUCAAGGCCGAGUAUGAAAUAUACAGGCUGUUGAUUGAAAUAGAUGACUCACUGAAUGCUUUAUUGGCUGUUCUGCAGUGAGAUGAGCGCAUUCAGGGAGCUGGAUGGCUGCAGAGCUCAGCAGAACAGCUGCACUUGGGUUGUUUUUUGCCCCCUCCCACCUUGGCAGGGUUGGCUGUGUUGGUACAACAGGGUGAAGCCAAGCUCAGCGCACGCAUAGAGACACUCCUUGCUCAGCCAGGGGUGCGUGUGAGCAGGUAAUGAGGGCAGCUGCUCCCAAGCCUGUUGCCCUCGCUGAGCUGUGCCUCAGGCGCUUUGCAGGGAGAUGAUGGUGCUCUUUCCCAGCACUUGGAUCACCCAAUUCUACCGUGCGUGGGCAAGAAGGAGGAAGCAAAGCCAGAUCUGGUGAAGAGUGCUUGAGAAGAAUGCAGCCUUGGUAUGGGUGGGGAUGGGAGCUGAGCCUCGAGCUACCAACGCCGGUGAGAAGAUGGGUCUGAUAUUUUCACCACCUGGGUGAUGCUAUGUGUGAGCCACCAGCUCCCAGGGAAAUGAUAUCUCGUGUGGAUCAGCGGUCUGAAGGCAGUGCUGCUCGCCGUGCAGCCACGUGAUUUAAUGAACACUUUGCUCAGCAAUGUCUGGAGCCAGAAGGAUUGCAGAAGUUCAGCCCUCCCGAAGCGGAGCGGGCUUUUCUCCAGGAAGUGUGCACACACGGCACAGUGAAGCAUGGCAGGAUUUGUUACUCUUUUUUAACUGUUCACUAGCAGUUGCUCUGAUAUUUGACUGACUGAAUUCCCAGCUUUCGGGUUCCCUCCAGCUUUUCUGUGAGCCCCAGGAAGGUGCACCCCAGCCUUCUCUCUUAUGCUUUCCCCCAAACCUGUCUCUUUUGGCCUAGAAACCACAGUGCUUUGGGAAGGUCCAUCUGGCUGUGAAUCCCAUCCUGCUUCCAUUCUCUGGAGCACAGUAGCCAGCAGGAAACCUUCUCUUCCCUCAGUAUCAGAGCAGCCUCCUGUUGAGAGCUGGGCUGCAGUUCCCACCCCGUUACCUCUGUGCCUUGCUGUGACCAUUUGCACAACAUCAUCCUGGAGAUCUUUGCUCACCCCUUCGGAUUCCUCCAGCCCCGCUGCUGAUGCACGGCACUGGCUCAAGUAUUCACCACGGCUCGUUUGAUGCAGCUUCAGGAUGUGUACUCACUGAACCCUGGCUGAUGGAGAAGGAAGAGCAGAGCCUUCAACUGUGCCACUGCUCCAUCCAAAGCCCUCCUUGAGUCCAGCUGUGGACCCUUACCCUCCAAAAAGCAACCUGAGCUCCUGCAGCGGAGUCUCUCCCCGAUGGGGAAACAGCCUAGAGAAACUCUAGAGGGUUAAAAAAAACCACAGCUCUGAAAUGAGCCCGGGGGAAAAGUCACAUGCACGGGGAGGUUUUGCAAGUCAGUGCUUGUGGCGCGGGGUGAUGGGAGCGCAGAGCUGCGGGCGCUCGCCUGCGCUGUGCAUCCCAGCAGUGGGACCUCCCCAACCUGCAGGGCACAGUGAUGGGCGGUGCGGGGCAGUGAGGAGGAGGAGGGAGCAGAGUCUGCACCCCAGGAGCACGGCUGGAUGAGAAAAUGCUGCCAUGCUCAUGGAAAGCAGAAUCUCCAGGAAGUCACCAGUGGGAGUCUGAGUGAGGAUUUCACAGCCUGGUCCCCGGUGAGGAGAGCGAGCUGCUUGCUGCCUGGUGCUGUGAGAUAAGGGAGAUCCAAGAAACGCUGAAUUGCUGACGAUACGGCACAAAGUUCUUAAGGAGCGGUGCCUUCAGCAUGGCCCAUAAAAGCCAGGAUGGUGGGAUUGAGAAAAACAGCUCGCUUUCCUCCGUCCUGUAUUGUAAGAGUGAUUCGAAGGAAGGAUCCCCGCAGUGGGUGCAAGAACCCCGCAAUGGCCAGGUGCUCAUGGUUCUCAGCAUGGACAACACCUGCUCAUCUGCCUCCUUCGACAUGGAGCUUUGUGCAGAGAAACUCCAGUCCCUUGGGGUUCAGGCGGCAGCGGGUGAAUGGAGGAGGCUGAUCGAGGAGGCAGUCCUGAAGCCCGAAGUGAGGCGAUACCUCUUCUACAACUCCAGGGCAUUCCAGAUAGCCAUUGCUCUGAUUUUCUACAUGUCUCUCUGGAUAAACAUUUACACCACGGUCCAGCUCUGCUCCUUUGGGCACUACUGGGAGGCCAGCGUGCUGGUGACUCUGGCUGCUGUGGCUGUCACUGUGGUUGUGAUCCUGGUCAUCGACCACCGCCAGAGAAAGAUAAAUAUGAAUACAGACGUGCGGCUGGCAGCUGUCAAUGAAUUCUUUAUCAAACACAGCUUAAUUCUGGGGAUUACUGAUGUCCUGGAUGGGCCACACAGCAUCCUACAACUGUGGUUUGUGCACUUCAGCCCCGAGCGCUGCCUUCAGUCCCUGUCAGCCCACAUCACAGAGCUGCGGCAGGCACAAGAGCUGGGCUGGCGGCACAGGCUGGACCAGCUCUGUGUGGUGAUGGAGGUGGCUGUUCCUGCAGCAGAGGACACUUUGUGCGAGGAAUCACCUCUCCUAUCCGGUGGGGAGAGCUUCAAGAAAGAGUCCAUGAUGUGCAAUGAGCUGCUCCACCUCAUCCCUGAGGGCCCCCCAGAGGUGAUGGCCCAGCAGCUCCUGGUGAUCUUCAGUGCCUGCUACGUGCGGCUGCUGGUCAGUGGCCGGCUGCCCCGUCCUGUGCUCUCUGGGCACAUGGAGGGCAGCAGUGUGCCCUGCCCAUGCCAGUUCAUCCAAGCCUCUGUGCUCAGCACAGGGCGCUGCUGGCUGCCGGGCAGAGGGCUGCGGGGGGCUGAAGGGCAAGAACAGCAGUGUGAAGAGGCAGAGAAGGCUGUCACCACUCAUCCCGGACUCUGGAAGAAGGAGUGGAAAUAGGACUCUAAUAAAGCAUGCAAACUUGCCAUGCAUUCGUUACUGCUGUGCUGUAAGCCCACAAGCCAUAGCAGCGGGGUGUCACCGGUUCGCUGUGCACAGGGGUGGUACGAACCAGGCUCUCAGACUCUGUGCUUUGGCUGAUUUUACCUUCUUGGAAGCAGUCUGAAUGCAAAGUCAGUGGGAGCACAGUUUGUUUUCACAGUAUACAAAUUGGAUUCACUGCUGGGAUGCAAUGGCUUGUGCAUUAGCCACGUGAAGUGCUUCUUGGUAUGGAGUGCUGCUUGGAAAACCUCCUGCUGGGUCAGCAUGAGGGAAUCAGGCCAGGCUUAGAGCACAGGACUCUCCAGCAGAGCCUGAGGAGGAGACAAAGCUCAGCAGCUCCCAUGCUGUGUUCUGGACACCACUGUUGCCCGCACAUCCCAGUGAGGGACAUGGCAUCCCCAGGGAGGUCUGUGGUGUCUGCAGGGAUGGAUGCAGCCUCUCUUAUCCACAGCGACAGGGGGCUGCCAUGGACCCUUCGUUACUGGUAGCUGAGACAGCUUCCCUAAUUGCAGUAAGCACCUAGCAAUUAACUGGGUGUUAAGCAUUGAGAAAAACUUAGCUUUAAUCAAAGAAGGAGUUUGAUUCCUCUUGCUAAUGCACCCCAGCACCUACCGUGCUCUGGCCUUAUUGCAAGGCAGAUGGUUAACGCCUCACUUUUCCUUCCUGUGCUCGUAAUUAAAACAUCAGUGAUGAGAGACAUCCCUUCCCCCCUCCCAAGGAUACAGUUGUUAUUCUAUGGGAAAUGUGAUAUUCUGGAGAGUUUACAGGACCCCCAGGCACACAGCUCCCUGGUACAUGGCAGUGCAUUCUGUUACCAGCAGAGUGCCAGGUGAUGUGAAGUCACAAAGGUCCUCCUAGAAAGACAUUGCUCGGGGGGUAUCAGUGCCACAGUGGGGUAUGGCUGCAUGGCCCUGCUUUUUGCCCCAGAAUAAAUCACUCUGUGGGCUGCUCCAUGGGGCUGAGCGGUGGCACUCGAUGCUGCUGGCAGCACAGAGUUCCCAAUUUCUGGGCCAUGUAGCUUUGGGCUGAGGGGAAGGGGACAACAGUUGGUGAAUGGCAGCAGUGCAUCACAGGGGUUGUACCAACGGCCCUCCCCAUGCUGCCCAGAGCCCACCCCCAUGAGAUGGGAGCCCUGCUUGGGAGAGUCUGCCAGGAGAUGCCGAGUCUGUGAUAGGGUGCAGCCAAAAGGAACAGAAGAAAUGGAGUUCAUCUAAUGGGCUGAAGGAGUGGUGCUUGGGCCAGUAUCCUGGCUGUGAUUCAAGCCACUCCAUGAUCAGACUUUCUCCCCAGACAAGCUGAGGCCAUAAAAUAUGCAGCGUAUUUGCCAUGCAGAAAUCCCACUUAUGCUCUCUUGAGGUUUCCUUACCACUGAUAAUUACUCAAACCAUUUUCUCUGGGGCUCAGCAAAGCUGUCCUUCCCAGCCUGCCUGCCUCACUCUCCUCUGCAUUUUUGCAUCCCUGCAGCCCGGUUCCUUCUCCUCCUGUGGGGGUGGAAUAUGGCUCCAUGGUGUGUUUGAAGCAUGGGGAGCUGGAAGCUGAACAGACCCAAGAGCCAGGUGAAUUCUGAAUCCUGUUUCCUUAGGCCGGAGCAAUGUGCUUCCUAUCUCCAAUUGCUCCUCAAUGAACUGAGCUCCUACCUCAAUGACCUUGCCUCGGGGCUAAUGGGAAGCAGGCACUGCAUCUCACAGCACUGCAAACCCAUGGCCUGGGCUGCUGCGGAAGAAAGUGCAAGAUUUAUGGUGUGAGAUAGAAAGGAGAUAACAUCACAUGGUCUUGUUCCGGUGUUUCAUGUUGGGAGGUUUGAGAAAGCUCUGAUGCACAGGGCUGAAAGCUGUAAUUUGGCACAGAGAGCUUUACAUCAGUGGGAGCCCUGCUGUGCUUUUGUGCAGUGCCAGUGAAAAGCAAGGGCAUGAAUGAAUGUGAAUCACAGAAUGGUUUGGGUUGGAAGGGACCCCAAGGAUCAUCAAGUUCCAACUCUUAAAAGCAUGCGCCACGAUCUUUGCUCUUAAUGCUUAAUAAUAACUCCCCAUCACAUCACCAGACAGCACUGGAGCCUCCAGGAAUGCGUGAUGCAAGAUCUGUAAGUGUGGUAAAAUUCAAGUCAAGGAAAAAAUCCAAACCCUACGCAUCCUCCUGCUGCUGCCCCAAGUCCUGCCCCAAACCCACAGCCAUCACUCCCUUCUGGAGGACACAUCCUCCCAUCACAGAGGCUUUGACAGGACAGGAGCGAAUGGCUGCAACACAGCUUUGUGUUUUAGCAAGGAGAGCUGGAGGGUUGAGCUUCUCUUCCAAAGCUUUGCUUACCAAGCCUUUGGUUUCCCCCACUCCAAAACUAAUGCAGGUAGGCGUUGCCCCUUGCCCAAAGCGUGCCGUAGAACUGGUGUGUCCCGCUGUCCCGGCUGUGCAGGCACAUCCCUCUAGAUGGUGCUAAGCUAAAGAGAAAAGGGUGGCCUUGGAGCGCUGUCCUGCACUGUGCACCUCUGCAUGUUGGGCACCGCCAGGUCUGGGAUGGGAGAACAACUCUGCUCACUGUGUGUUCCCAUGCAUCCAUUCUCGUGCUCUCCUAUGGCUCCUGAAGAUAUCCCUCGAGCGAAGGUAACGAGAGCUGUUACAAGGAACCAUGUGGCCACUACAGCAUGGACUAAAUGCCUGUUUUCCCAAAGGAAGGCCACCUCAAGAGCCAGGCUGCCAGAGAAGAGCAGUGGGGGAUAGCUGUGCAGGAGAGAGCUUACCGGUCAGCAAACAGAUUUUGUUUUGGAUGGGCAGUGAGUAUGCUACUGAAAUAGAGCUAUUGUUAGAAAAGGCUUAUUUUUGAUCCUAUGAUUCAAAUCUGUUUUUCUUCUCGCGAAGUGCAAAUGGGGGAAGAGCAUCCCAAUUGACACUAAGACCAGUGUGAUGAUGUGACACUGUGUGGAGAGGAGAGCUGAGCUCCUUGUUCUGCAGAGACAAAGGUGUUUGUGCACGUUGGUCCCAUUGAUGCAUGACUUGGUGCUUUGGGAACAGAUUUUGUUGAUCUCCAGUAUAGGUCUGUUGGUGUCAGCAGUGAGUGCAGCUUCUACUCCUACAGCAGAGGAGGAAAGCUUUGGCCAAGUUUCCCUUCCAAAAAUGGCUCAUUUCCAUUCAUGAUGAGCCCAGAAACUGGAUUAAGAGCUCUAGUAUUUGAAAUCCAUAAUCUGGAUAUGGUUUUCAGAACAGUUCAGCCCCUUUGUAAGUGGUAAAUUAUGCUUAUAAGAGCUCAGCACUUUGCCUUGAGCAUCCUGAUACAAAAUGCAAUGAUUAGUGUAAAGUUCAUCACCCAGCACUCUGGUAUUGUGGGAAAACCAUGGUGAUGAUCAGAGGUGAUGGGAGACAUGAGCUUUUCUGAAGGUCAGAUUCCUCAUUUUCUUCUUUCCUUUCCAAGAAC